CUCUUCCUUCGCUGCGCAGAGGUUCCGGUCAUUUGCUUUCCGCCGUCUAGACAACCCCUCCUUCCCCGCGCGCAGGCGCCUGCGCAGACGGCGGCGUCCGCUCCGUCACCAUGGCAGCGCGCGCUGGAGGCCCGGGAUCCUGGAGUGAAAAUAUACUGGAUUAUUUUCUGAGAAACAACCAAAUCACGACAGAAGAUGGCGCCGAGAUCGUCUGGUAUCACGCAGCCAACCACAAGUCCCAGAUGCAUGAGGCGCUGAAGAGUGCUGCCCACAUGAUAGAGGCUGAUGUCCUUCUCCCUAGUGAUGGCUCAGAGCAUGGCCAGCCAAUCAUGGCCCAUCCUCCUGAGACAAGCAGUGAUAACACUCUGCAGGAGUGGCUGGCCGAGAUCGUGCAGAGCAACAAGGGCAUCAAGUUGGACUUCAAGAGUCUGGCGGCCGUCAGAGCGUCCAUGCCGUUCCUGGAAGACCUGAAGCAAGACCUUCAGCGUCCUGUGUGGAUGAACGCAGACGUCCUCCCCGGGCCGAAUGGGAGCAGCAAAGUAGUGGAUGCCGGCGCCUUCCUAGACACCGUGACAUCCUUCUUUCCAGAUGUGACCUUCUCCUUGGGUUGGACAACAGGAUGGCAUCCUGAGAAAGUCAAUGAAGGCUACAGUUGGUCGAUGGUGAAAGAGAUGGACUAUGUGUGCAGUGAGCUAACCCAGCCUGUCACGUUCCCUGUCAGGGCAGCUUUAGUCAGACAGUCUUGCUCUCAGUUGCUCUGGCUAUUGAAGAAGUCAAACAGGUACACCCUGACUGUUUGGACUGGAAAAGAUGACAUUUAUUCCACUGAAGAUUUACUUUACAUUCGAGACUACUUUAAUAAAACCCAAGUUUUCUAUGAUGUUUUGGAACCACAAAACCACGAAUUUAAACAAGCCGUUGGAAUCCGAGCCACUCUCUAAGAAUACAGUUCUUUA